UGGAGCUGACUUGCACAUACUCGUACUUUCAGCAACAUUAACGGCUGUUUUACCAAUCUAGUAAACUGAAUGAAGUUUACAAGGCUUUCCCUGCACCACAGGAAUGUCUGUCAGCCAUUUCUUCUAUGGAUUCCAGAACCCGCAUCACGCAUCAUCGGCCACUUUUCAAUGGAUUCGUUUAAUCUUCCUUUUCGGCUGCUUCACCGUUCUUCUAGCCCUUUUAGAUAUUGCCAGCGAUGUGUUCUUUAUUAUUAAUUUAUGGUGGGAAAACAAAUGCGCCAUUGCUGUUGUCUGGCUGUUUUUCAUCACGGCAGUGCCGUUUUUCCCUGUUCUUUUCUCCGCAGUAAAAGGGCGCUUUGCGACCCAUCAACACUGGGCGAAAGCUGCUUCACUGAAUUGGCGUUUAGCUCGACAAAAUCUCAUCAAAUCCGAAGACCAUUUGCUGGUUACGAAAGAUGGAGAACGGAUUAGAGCCGGAGAAACGCUGCCGUUCGAACAGUGCUGCCAUCCAGUAUUUGCAUGCAUUCUGGACAUCUUUCCCGUUACAUUUAUCAACCGAUGCGUAUCAUACGUACGAGCGUGGAGAAAUUCCGGGGAACUGACUAAUCAUUAUUCAUAUAGCAAAGACAUAGAAUUCCAGGAUCUGCAAGUGCAAAAAGCGCAGCUCACCGAAAUUAAAUACGAAUCGAAUCCGCAGCUAAUUAUCUUGCUGAUCCUCACCGGAACGGGAUUGUUUCCUUGGGGGAAAGCCAUUAUCACCGCAGCCCUGUCCUUCUUGUCCAUCGCCAAAUAUUUUCCAUUCUGCGCAGCACUUCCCGGCAAAUGCGCCUUCAACAAUAAAAUUUUCCUGGAGAAAGACAGCGUGGACGUGAGCACCGCUAAUCAGCUGCUGAAACCGCAUUUCGCUGCCUUCUGCGGAUGGAUCACGAAUUUCUUUUACAUUGUAUGCCGGUAUCAUAUUCUCAUCUCAUUGACCGUUUUUAACUGGACCGCGUCUCUUCUGGUGAUUAUCAUCCAGACAGCCAUCAUUACCGGGUUUUUAUCGUUUUCCUAUCGCCGGAAGUACUCCACUCUGGAAAACAUGGGCAAAGCAUGGAAACGGUCUGCUGGGACAAUUUGCGCAUUCAUUAGCCAGCUGCUGACCACUUUAGGCUAUUUUUUAUUGGUGCCGGUGACGACCACGAUGACAAUGCGGGGGUGUGUCCUGGCGACCAUCCUCCAAGGAGUGGCAAUUGCGGUGUACGCGAUCGCCACGCACUUGGACUGGAGAAACGGGAUCCGGUGUAACGGCGGGUCGGCGUUUGUAAUUCCUCCGAAAUCCGCCAUGUAUUGGGCGCUACUUGCGGGGAAUAUUGUGGGGUCACUCUUCUUGCCAUUUCUGCAUUAUUUAAUCGGUCUCUGCACCGACAAGAGUUUCUGGCUUAGUCACCGCGAAAAGUGCUCACAAUGCUCUGAUUUUAAAGAUCGUUAUUGCCAUUACCGGCCGUGUUGGCUGUGCGAAUGGGCGUGGUGCGAUGAACAGAAUCCCGAUCAAGCGCAGCUGAUUAUUACACGGACACCAGUGCCGUUUCUGGAGAAAAGCCUAUUGACUGAUAAAUCCCAGGAAAUUGUGGCAAUCUUGGCAACCUUAGGCGGGGAAGAGGAUAGCGAUUUUCUACUAUGCAAGGAACACACGGCAAGCCUAAAUCAGUUAAGACCACCUCGUCCCAUUGAAAGUAACCCGGUUGUUAUGACGGAUAUUGGAAUCCGCUCGGUCGCUGUUGAACCGAAUCGCAACGUGGUGGAACUAUUCCAUCCUACUUCGCCCGAGCUCGCGGAUUUUAAAGCGGAUCUACAUACUUCCCUGCACGCGUUUCUCCGCGAGUUGUAUUCUUUAAAUUCAAACGAUCGGCUAAUAAAGCAGAUACCAUACCAGAUAUUCUACAAGUCGAAACUGUACGAUCACGGAAUUAAAAAGCGGAAGGAUCAAGAUGCGUACUGGGUGGAAAUCAAGGAAUUACGGAGGAAACAUGCGGCCUGUGGGAAGCAGUGUCUGCUGAAAGACUGCAUUUCCGCUGGCUCCAAGAAGCUUAAAUUAACCAUUGAACCACGAAAUUUACCGGCAUUCGAAUGGCGUCUUGACAAGUUUGCCACCAGUAACGCGGCGAACGGAAGUGCAACAACUGCGGAAAUGGAAAACGGUGCGACCGCCACCGAGGACAAACCAGAUGAAAUGGAAUUAAACCCGACUGGUAAUAACAAGGAAGUCGCAAGCGGUGAAAAGGAGAAUAAAGCGACGAACGUUAUACAGAAAGUCGUACCCGAUGAAAUGGAGUAUGCCUUCUUCAGUGAAGCCAACGUGCUUUUGCUGGAUUCAACGGAAAUCCACGAACCGGUACAAGAAUGUCCUUUGAAAAGCGAGCAACCAGAACGACGGUACUACACCGUUAUCGAGAAUGAUGCGCCAGUAUAG